AUGGUCCAGAACUUUGAGCGCUACCAGCGGAAGGCGCCUGAGAAACCUCCUAGCCCUGAUCUGCCCGUAGCAUGCUUCACGAUACAGUUCCCUCGCGAUCCGGAGUUCGUCGACCGGCCUACCCUCAUGCAAUUAUUGGAAGACCAAUACAAAGGCUCUCGACAACGUAUAUCCCUCGUUGGCAUGGGCGGUUUUGGAAAGUCCCAGAUCGCCAUCGAAUUCGCUUAUCGUGUCCGAGAGACAAUCUCUGAUGCCGCUACCAACGUCUUCUGGUCUGGAAAGUGGCUCAUGAUCCUUGAUAACGCCGAUGAUGUCGGCGUAUUCUUCGCUACGGAUACCACCCAGAAUGGGAAAAUCCUGGUCACGACGCGAAGCAUGAAUGCCGCAGAAAAGCUGACAGGUGGUCAUCAUUCUGUCAUUCAAAUACCAACUAUGGGCCAGGCCGAAUGUUUACAGCUUGUCCACACUAAUGCGACCUUCGUUUACGAAAAGACCGCCGCAGAGAAACUUAUUCAGAUCCUUGAGUUGAUCCCGCUUGCCGUCACCCAGGCGGUCGCGUACAUCAACCGCCGAGCCCCUCGAGUAUCUAUCCAGUCGUAUAUCCAGAAUUUCCGGAAGAACGAGGCGUGGCAAGGGAAUCUCUUAAGCAAGGACUCUGGAGACGUGAGGAGACUGGAUAGCGCAUCAAACUCCAUUGUCGUCACCUGGCAGAUCACUUUUGAACAGAUUCGUCAAGAGAGCCCGUCGUCAGCCGAACUACUGUCGCUCAUGAGCUUCUUUCACUCCCAGAACAUCCUCGAAGAACUUCUCCAGGGCUACCUCGGCCUUUCUCCUAGAAGCAAGCAUGACUUAAGUCAACGAGAGUGGUCCUCGCAAGACAAUCAAUUGCCUGACCAGCCCGAAGCUAAUUCCGACGUCCAACUCCAACGCGACCUUGAUGCUCUCAUGGGCUAUUCUCUCAUCGCUCCCACAACCACAAAGGGCUUGUACGACAUGCAUGCCCUUCUCGUGGACCGGGAAGCUCCCGAUUCAGAGUCCUCGAUUGACCGAGCUAGACUCAUGCACAACAUGGCAUGGUACAUGCUCUAA